UUUAGAAGGAAUAAUUCCGGAACCGAGUUGUUAAACAUUGAGACGUGGCUUGAUGAGAGGAAAAACCUCGAGACGCGAGCGCAUCCUCUCACCAUGAUCAUGGGCACCAUGCGCUGCUCGCUGUGUGCGUAAACUGCUGUGGAGGAUCCAAACACUAUGAGACGCCAUGGCAUGGUGUGACCGAGGGGUUCAGACUCUGCUUGCCAUCGUGGGGGCCUUUGCCGCUUUCAGUCUCAUGACCAUCGCCAUCGGCACCGACUACUGGCUUUACUCUCGGGCGUACAUCUGCAACGCCACAAAUGCCACCGAUGAAUCCCAGGUGCAAACCAAAAAAGUGAAAGGCGACCUGACGCACUCCGGGCUGUGGAGGAUCUGCUGUAUUGAAGGUAUCAACAAAGGAAGCUGUUUUCGGAUCAAUCAUUUUCCAGAGGAUAACGACUACGAUACAGACAGCUCCGAGUACAUCUUACGUAUAGUGCGGGCAUCAAGCCUUUUCCCCAUCCUCAGCAACGUUCUGCUGAUGUUGGGUGGCCUGUGUGUCGGGUUCGGACGCGUCUACAACAACAAGAACAACAUCCUGCUCAGUUCUGGCAUCCUGUUUGUGGCUGCAGGCCUGAGCAACAUCAUCGGCAUCAUCGUGUACAUCUCCAGCAACGCCGGAGACCCCAGUGACAAGAAAGACGAGGACAAGAAAAACCACUACAGCUAUGGCUGGUCCUUUUACUUCGGCGCCCUAUCCUUCAUCGUGGCUGAGUCAGUGGGCGUCCUCGCAGUCAACAUAUACAUCGAGAAAAACAAAGAGACUCGCUUCCGAGCCGUACGCAACUUCAUUAAAGCCACUUCCUCUUCUUCACCGUACUCUCGCAUUCCAAGCUACCGGUAUCGGCGAAGGCGCUCGCGCUCCAGUUCCAGUGACCCGUCCCGCGAGCCCUCUCCAGUGGGGAUGAAGAUUGGGGGAGCAAGAGGUGGAGGGUUAGGGAUGGGUUUGCCAAUGGGGGAUAUAUCCCUGUAUGCCCUCAGUAGGGACACUCUGAAGGGCGCGACUGCUGGGCCAUACAGCCCAGAGAGGGACUCUGGAUUUUUACAAGUCCACAACUGCUUCCAGAAAGAUCAGAAAGAUGGAGGAAACAGAAGGACCACGCCUGUAUGAGGUUGGGAGUGUUCAUUGGAGUGUAAAACAAUAGGGUCUGAUGGAACACAUUAGAUAUUGUACAAAUGAUGAGAUAGGACAAUUCCUCCCCGGGCUGUUCAGGCAGCUGUGCUGUGAAAGUUCAGAACUCAAAACUCAAAAAGUAUUUCCCUUUCCGUCUGGAGAACAUUUCCGGUGAAGAGGAAAUAACUAUUUUUGUUUCAGUGUCUAAAAAUUGGAUGCAAACAAUUGAACAGAUGUGAAACCUGCUAUGUUGUAGCAACUUCUCCUAUUACAGAAAGGACAAAUAUGUCAUAACUGUCAUUCUUUCAACUUCUCAACUUCAAUUCAAUGAAAAGUAAGGGGUGGGAAAAUCAUUCAGUUCAGGUUGUGGAUAUAUGACCAGGCCCUCGAGCUUAUACAGACUUGAUGCUCAAUAUAAUAACUUUUCUGAAUAUUGAACUUCAGGUUAUUAUUUUUUUCUGCUAAACUAUCUGUAUAGUAUUUUGGAAAUGUACUUAUUUCUUAUAUUCCAAGACAAACUGAUGUUUUUGUCUGAACUGGUUUGUUAAAAUUAAAUAAUUAUUGUGAUCCUUUGUCUACUAUUGUAUUAUAUUUGAUUGAAAAUUAACACAACUGGUGCUAACUUAAUCUGUACUCUUUUUUUGUACAGCCUUCUCAACUGCCAUUGAAAUAAUUUGACUGUAUCUCAAUAACCUCUCUGAAGCUUGUGUGUGAGUCAGGUGAUAAACAUGUGUGUGUGUACAAUAUGUUUUAUGGCUCUAAGAUACUGUUACACUAUGACACAAAUGGAUUUAUGUAGAUAUGUAUCAACAAAAGUGACAUGACACACAGUUAUGUCAGUACAUUCCAGUAUGAUGUGUUAUGUAAUAGUGUGAAGAGUAAUUGUAGUGAUUGACUGUGAUGUUGCUCUCCAUUCGCUCAGGGACAAUGUAUGGAACAAAUCAAUCUUACUUUCAAAGAUGUAGAGAUUAUCACAAGACAGAACAUGUCUUUGAGUUGUUUUGUUUUUCAUACCUUAGCCAGACAGACUGUCGCUGUGUGUAAAAACAGAGGUGAGAUCACGCUGUAUGUGUUGCUGUAAAUUAAUAUGACACUUGUUUCUGCAAUUACUGCCUCUGUGUUCAGAGGGUUCUUCGAAAACAUUUAGCUAAUGCAAAAUCCUAUUUAAAUUAUUUCUGUACUGUUCUACCCCAUGUCAAUAAGAACUGUUUGGUAAGAUUAUAACUGCAAAGAAACCUUUUUAAUGUGACUUCUUGAAUUUGACAGCUAAUUCUGCAGGCAUUGAAAAAUAUAACUAUUGCUAUUGCUUGUGUUGAUAAAGAAUAAAAUGACAAUACAGUAUAGUCAACAACGUCAAAAAUGAAUUUCAUCACAUUGAGCCGUGUUUGACUGAUAAUUGAGUUGUCUAUUUCCAACUCAGCAAUAUGAUUUUCACAAACACAGUUGAUGCAAUUAAGACAAAUAGUUACAGGUGUUGUGUGACAUGAAGUUCAGAGAGGUCACCUGGGAGUGACACGGUUGGACACAUGAGAAUGCUGAGGCCAAAUAUCUGGGAAAGCUUACCAAGGACCUCUGACCAGAAUUAUUAUAGCAGUUUUUUCAGCUGGUCACGGAUCAUGAACAAGUCAGUCAGUGAGUCAGGACUCUUUACAUUCAAACACUUGACUGAAUUUACCUGAUUUAAUGGCCAAUCAAAUGACUCGAUCCAAUGGGCCAAUCUUCUGCAAGGGAGAACACCAGUGCUGCGUUAGUCAUGUAGAAUUUUGAGACAGUCAGACAAGAUUAAAAAGUCUCCCGAUGCAUGAACUUGCUUGAGGCAUAAUGAAAGAAUUGAGCUGAAAAUUGGGCAAGUAUUGUAGCUAAUGAUGGGCCUGCUAUGCUCUGCUACAAAACGUUAUGGCCGUCUGUCAGGCAACCACAUGGUGUAAAGGGAAAACGGCAUCAGCCAACUUAAUGCUUGAUUGAACUAACAGGCUCACAAAUGCUCAUCCAGACCUGAAACACUCCUUUUUUCCAAUUAAAGAGCUGGAUGAAAAAGGGGGUUUGUAAGUGUGUGAAGAUUUAGAAGAAAAGGUAAAUUCACUGAUUCUUCAUACGGUACAAACUUGAUCAGGUUCCAUGUCAAAGUUGCAGUUAGUAAUUACUUGUCUGAUUUGGUUAACGGUUAGUGAAUUUGUGUCAUGGUGGUUACCAUGUCAUUGAUGUGCAGAAUGGGAAGCCUAGACUAAGAAUAGAUUAAUAUUUCAUCCUGGAUGUGUGUGAUGUAUCUUUGUUAAGCAAAACUGGUCUGAUGAUCUUGUUUCCCAUUCCAGCCUUAAUUUGAGCUUUUCUUCUCCACCCCUCUCGUCUGUCCAUCACCCAGGCUGUUAAGCCCUGUGAAUUUGGAUUCCAUGGACCCUCACUGAUAUUUUCAGCCACAAUAAAGCUGCGCCCACAUUCAUGUCCCGCUGCACAUUAGUGAAAUGUAUCCUCCAGUGAGAGGAAAAUGGCAGGGUCAUCUCUCCCUGCAGUCACAGAACUAUAGCCAACUUGCUUGUUAGUCUCGGUACCCUGCUGUGCAGAAGGGAUAAAAUAAGGCCUCAGGUCUCAACUCAGGUUCAGCCUUUUCAUCUUGAUUUGCUAGUGUGAUGAAUGAUUUCACAUCGGGUCACACUUCAGAUAUGUUUAUACUUAACCUGAUACACCCAAUAGCAUAACAAAGAAUGUGCUGCCAGCAAAUAUUUAAAAAGCAAUUUAACAGCUGUAAUUGUGGUAGUUAAAAACUACUUGAAGGCUCACUGUUCCACAAUAUAGUUACACUCAUUCUUUGUAAAUGUUCAAUUUAUAAACAAAUUAGGAAUACAUUUAGUUUUGAGAGAAAAGAGAAUUACAGCACACUGUUGUUUACUUGCAACUGCAAUGUAUUGUUUACACUAGAUUAGAUUAAACAAUGACUUAACCAAUUGUCUUUAAUUUAAGGCUUUUAAAAUGUAACACAUUAUCUUUUUAAACUUUCAUAUGGCUGACUUAUUAAUAUUAAAUCUGAAUGUCACAAGUGUUGGGAGUAAGACCAUCAAUGUGUUUGUAAUGAGGGAAUCACUCUCUCAUCAGCAGUACAUGUUAGUUUAAUAUUGUAGGAUUUUUAUACCGUUUCCUAGCACAACAUGUAUAGAGAGGAUACGGGGGUGAAUGUGGAAGCCAGAUGCCAUUCACUUCUGAGAGAUCCCUCUCCACAGGCGUUCUCUCUCUUCCCAAGUUCACAUUGAAAAUGUAAAGUAGCUGAGACUCCUCCCAGCAGCGGGAUUGAUUCUUUGCUCCCUGUUGAUAUAUCUGUGCCACACUGUUGAUCCAGGAACCCCAGGCAUCCAUUAACAUGACAUCUGUCACGGUGCUAAGACUGGAUAUAGCCAGCAGCAGUCGGAGCUUAACCCUUUUCAUCUGCAAUCACACAUGAAAAACAACAGACCGUCAUGGUGUAGUGUCAUAUGACUAAUCAUUUUGCAAUAUCUGCAAAAAUGCAGCUUUUCUUAUAACAAGCGAACAUCCCUAACCUGUGGCAGUAACCCAGUUAACCCUUUAAACACGCUGUACAGGAGAAGGAAAUCUUUCUUUGUCCUUAUUAAACAUAGACAAAGCCAAAAACUAUAAAAAGGCAAAUGCGCGUGUCGAUAACAUGAUUUACGGCCAUUUCAUUACAAUUAAAUACGUUAUCCACCAAAAAGAAAGUGUUUAUUUGAAAUAUUUAGUAUAUAAAAUUAGAUAUUUCAAAAAUAUUUCAUACUUACAGACAAUAAUUGGCACCAUGUGACACCAUUUUCUUUUCUAUUUCAAGUCAGAUCACUGAAAGGUUUUAGAUUCAAUAAUUAUAAUUAAAGUAUUAAAUGUGAGAAUGUUGUAAAAAAAUGUGUUUUUCAUUGUUCAUUAUAUUAUCUAUCAAAUCAUUUAUUUGAAGUCAUACUUGUUUGAUGUAUAAUAUAUGGUACCUUCAAGCCUGUAAAUACAAAGUGUCU